GGCUCUUGUUCUUCUGCUCAAAACACAGUCACAAACAAAAACGAUAACAUGGCGAGCUCAAGAAGCACUAGAACCUUCUACGCUUUCUUUCUCCUCUGCGCGAUCCUCUCCGUCCACGUGUCACUCUCCUCAUGCUCCGCCGUCGGUGACCUGGACCACCAGCUCGGCGCCUUCUUCCUGCCGAUGAAGUCCGAGUGCCGCGGAUCCAUCGCGGAGUGCAGCCUUCUCGCCGGAGACGAGGACGAGACGGAGUUCCUGAUGGACUCGGAGAGCAACCGGCGCAUCUUAGCAGGGAGAAGGUACAUAAGCUACGGUGCGCUUAGGAGGAACACUAUCCCUUGCUCGCGACGUGGCGCUUCCUAUUACAAUUGUAGACCUGGCGCUCAGGCGAACCCUUACCGCCGCGGAUGCAGUGCCAUCACACGUUGCAGGCGUUGAGAGAGUGGUGUCCUGUUCAGUAUUAUUCACACUUCCUCUUUCUUUUUCUUUUUCUUUUUUUUUUAAAUAUAUUUUUGUAAUUGAUGAGGAUUAUUUUAUUACUGUUAUUAUUAAUUGUUACUAUUAUGGUUCUAUAUGUAUACGAGUAGCGAGAGAGAGAGAGAGAGAGAGCGUAGAGCUGAAUAAAAUAUUAAAAUCAAAAAGAUAAUAAUUACUGUUUGCAUCUAUGCGUAUUGUAAUUAAUUAUAUUUUUGUUGGUAAUAUUUAUUGGCUGGAUCCGCCUUUAUUUUC